AAUGCACGGUUUACCGAUUUCCCUUUCCUCGGUUAAUAGCUACACUCUGUGCACGAGGUUUGUGCAUUUUAAAGCCUUUAAGAACGUUGCCUUCGGUUUGACCUGUUUACGCUUUUUGACCGUGAAAGCCAACCUGCCAUGGAUACAUACGGAUUAUGGAGAAUUAUAAUAGCCAGCUCGCUCCUGGUAGCCGAGACUUUCUGCAGGAGCAUCCCAAUCUGGUCGGAACAUGAUAUCUCAAAACAAGUUAGAAGCAACUGCGACUAUCCGUAUCCGGAGCAUUGUUACUCAUGGACUUCUCUGUCCGACACUACGUUGAACUGUGAUCUGGACAGCGUCCAGCAGACCAGUCCCAAUGCAGUUCUGGAUCCUUGUCCCGGCUGGUUCCGGGCAUUUUCGCUCUAUCCCUACCGGUUCCAGAUCCUACCCAUUGAAAUAGGUGGAGAAGCUGCAGGGAAGAUUUAUUCCCAGUUUGCGCAGUCGAAAUGCUACGUCAAAUUUGCUCCCAAUUCUGCAUACCCCAACAGAAGAUCAGCCACCAUGCGAUCAGCUGCCUUUCGACCAAACGGCUGCGUCAAACUGCAAACAACCUUCUGGUACCGGAUGUCUGCUGCUCCGAUAAUCACUGGUGACCGCGACAAAGAUUACUUUCUGGAGUUAGUAGUGCAUCAUUCCGCGGAUAACGCACCUGGCUUCAUCCCGAACUGGCAGAUCUGGGGCAGCACCAGCGAUUACGCAACUUUUCCCGGUCCGAAUGUGUGGACACGGGUCCAAACGGAAUACGCUGCGGACGACCAGUUCACUCUCAAUUUCUACGCGCAUCACGGCGACACUUGCAACACGACAUCCAUCGAUCUAGAUGGCAUCGACACCAGAAUAGCAGUGCCAUUACCUGGUUGCGAUACCACAACACUCGAGCCUGCUGUGCCAGAAGACACCACCCCCAUUACAACUCAGGAAAAUACUACUGUCCCAGAGGAAACUACACUUGUUCCAGAGGCAACCACUACUGAGCCAGUGGAAACAUCCUCUACUCCAGAGGAAACCACUCCCGAACCAGUGGAAACUACACCUGCUCCAGAGGAAACCACACCGGAACCCGCAGAAACGACACCGGUUCCGGAGGAUACAACUCCUGGACCUGAAGAGACGACCACCGUUCCAGAGGAAACAACGCCUGAACCAGAGGAAACUACAUCUACUCCAGAGGAAACAACUCCUGAACCAGAAGAGACGACACCCGAUCCAGAGGAAACCACACCGGAACCAGUGGAAACUACACCAACUCCAGAGGAAACCACACCGGAACCAGUGGAAACUACACCAACUCCAGAGGAAACCACACCGGAACCAGUGGAAACUACACCAACUCCAGAGGAAACCACACCGGAACCCGCAGAAACGACACCGGUUCCGGAGGAUACAACUCCUGGACCUGAAGAGACGACCCCCGUUCCAGAGGAAACAACGCCUGAACCAGAGGAAACUACAUCUACUCCAGAGGAAACAACUCCUGAACCAGAAGAGACGACACCCGAUCCAGAGGAAACCACACCGGAACCAGUGGAAACUACACCAACUCCAGAGGAAACCACACCGGAACCAGUGGAAACUACACCAACUCCAGAGGAAACCACACCGGAACCAGUGGAAACUACACCAACUCCAGAAGAAACCACACCGGAACCAGUGGAAACUACACCAACUCCAGAGGAAACCACACCGGAACCCGCAGAAACGACACCGGUUCCGGAGGAUACAACUCCUGGACCUGAAGAGACGACCCCCGUUCCAGAGGAAACAACGCCUGAACCAGAGGAAACUACAUCUACUCCAGAGGAAACAACUCCUGAACCAGUGGAAACUACACCAACUCCAGAGGAAACCACACCGGAACCCGCAGGAACGACACCGGUUCUGGAGGAUACAACUCCUGGACCUGAAGAGACGACUCCCGUUCCAGAGGAAACCACUCCAGAACCAGUGGAAACUACGCUGGUCCCGGAAGAAACAACUGAACCUGAGGAGACGACUCCAGUUCAAGAGGAAACAACGCCUGAACCAGAGGAAACUACAUCUACUCCACAGGAAACAACCCGUGAACCAGAAGAGACGACUCUCGUUCCAGGAGAAACCACACCGGAACCCGCAGAAACGACCCCGGUUCCGGAGGAUACAACCCCUGAACCUGAAGAGACGACACCGGUUCCAGGAGAAACAACUCCUGAACCCGAGCAAACAACACCAGUGCCAGAGGGAACAACACCUGAACCGGAGGAAACUACACCGGUUCCAGGUGAAACAACUGCUGAUCCUGAAGGGACGACACCCGAUCCGGAGGAAACCACACAGAACCCAGUGGAAACUACACCGGUCCCGGAAGAAACAACUCCUGAACCAGAAGAGACCACUCCCGUUCCAGGGGAAACAACACCGGAACCGGUAGAAACGACCCCAGAUCCAGAGGAAACAACUAAACCUGAUGAGACAACACCGGUUCCGGAGCAAACAACUCCUGAACCGGAGGAAACUACACCAGUUCCAGGUGAAACAACUUCUGAUCCUGAAGGAACGACACCCGAUCUAGAGGAAACCACACCGGAACCCGUAGAAACGACAACAGAUCCUGAGGAAGCAACUCCUGACCCUGAGGAGACGACACCGGUUCCAGGAGAAACAACCCCUGAACCUGAGGAAACAACUCCUGACCCUGAGGAAACUACACCGGUUCCAGGUGAAACAACUCCUGAUCCUGAAGGAACGACACCCGAUCUAGAGGAAACCACAUCUGAACCAGUGGAGACUACACCGGUAUCGGAAGAAACACCUGAACCAGAGGAGACAACACCGGUUCCUGAAGAAACCACACCUGUGUCUAACGAAACCACACUUGUCUCAGAAGAGACAACACCUGAGCCGGGUGAAACGACCCCUGCUGAAACGCCCGAGACCGGAGAAACGACGCCAGUACCUGAGGAAACCACACCCGAAUCAGAUGAGACAACAUUAGAGACGCAGGAAACCGCACAAGUAACAGAUGAGACCACCCCGGAACCGGGCGAAACUACAUCGCUACCGGAGGAACCGUCGCCUGUUUCGGAGGAAAGUACACCUGUUCCGGAAGAAACAACAAUUAUGCCGUGCGUGAAUGGCUCCGUCAUGGACUCGGUUCUGAUGAGUUGUCGCUGCGCAUUUAGUCAGUACAAGGAUGAAGAAUCUGGCUUUUGCCGCGAUCCUGAGGCCGUUGUGGAAGCUACUUUCCGAUUGAAUGACUUUGAGUUCCAAGAGGAAUUGGCAGACAUGUCAAGUAUUCUAUCUCAGGAACUGGUCAGCCAAAUAGUGCCACAGAUUCAAACUGCAUUGUGUGCCAAUCUUACGUUAGCUUCCCGAUCUUGCCGAGCCGUAAUGAAAGGAUUCCGACGAGGCUCCGUGCUCGCCGACACCGUACUGCAAAUUGUCGACACUAACAGUACGGUGAGCGAGCCCGAAAUCCUUCAGGCGGCUGCUGUCAUAGCUUUCACCACAACCAUCAACCAAACCCCAGUGACAGUCUCCUCCAACACCGCACAGUUCUUUGACCGCUGCGACGUCGAAGGCGUUCGGUACUGUGGCCAGAAUACAGCCGGUUGUGCGCUCAACACCACCACCGGGGAAACAUUGUGUCGAUGUAAUGAUGGUCCUUAUUUUUUGUCGGACACUGGCAAAUCCUGCACGUUCGAUCCCUGUCGGCAAGAUCCGUGCGGUGAAAACGCUGUGUGUGUCCUGAACGAUCGGGUUGUAGCACGCGGAUUUGAGUGUCCGUGUCGCCAAGGAUUCUCAAGGCCGCUACAAUCAGCUUUUAACGCCGACUGCACUGAGGAUUCAGACGCUCCUAUGAUCUUGAUCUACACCGUAAUCGGUAUUGGUGGAGCGCUAAUUGUCUGUCUGACCGUUUUAUUUUGUUAUCUGUCUCGAAGAGAACCAAAGAACAGUACAGCACAAAAAGAAUUCAAGACGAACAUAACACUGGCCUCCAUGGAUGCCGAAGAGAUUGCCAUGCCCCCAGAUGACCUCGUCAUGUCGACGAUCCUUAGUGACGAUGAGAUUAAAUCAGUCGUUGAAGCCAUUAACGAGACGACGGUACCGCGGCCGAACCCCGGGAUGCGGUUCGAUCUGAUCUACGAUGCCAAAGCCAAACCGACGUCUUCAGUUGAUGCGCUAUCCCUAUCCAGUGUGGACACCGACAAGGCGUCCUACUUAGAUUACGAGUACGAGGAAGACGACAGAUACGGCUGAUCCUUCGGCUAUCGAUCUUGCAACAGAGUCAAAACUAUUUCUUCGUACUUGUGUAGGUAAAAUACACGGUUGAAGAAAUACUUAAGCUGAUUUUUGUUUUCCUGAUAAAACAGACUGUGAUUGGUAGAGGCGAAUUCGAGGGUUGAAUACAUGGGUGGAUGGAGGGUUAUUUCAAUUUGCAGUUCCUUUUGGCCUAUUAAUAUUGUACGACUA